AACUGUAUUUACUUACUCUCAUCUAAACACACUUAUUGACCAAUGAGAAUGUGCAUUGUAUCUCAGUCAUUUUAUAAAGUUUGAUAUUUUAUGUUUUGUUUUUCUCCAGCUGAAUCAAAUGAUGAACUCAAAUGAGUUUCUUUUGCAAGCGAUCAGAGAUAACAGGCACACACUGGAAAUUCAUAGGGCAUUUGCUGGCUUGUAAAGAAGUCUCUGUGAACUUUGCUAAUCCAGUUAAUCAGCAAACGACGCUCCAUAUUGCAGCAAGACGUGGAGAUGUUGAACUUAUAAAACUGCUGGUUUCUUUUGCGGCUCAUGUUAAUGGUGGAACUGUUGAUCUUAUGACACCUUUACAUGAACCAUGUCUUGGUGGUCAUCCUGAGGUCGUAGACGUCCUGAUUGCCAAAGGAGCUGAUAGGCAAGUGCACGUAACAUAGAUGGAAGUACCCCACUGUGUUUUGCUUGUGCCAAAGGAUCGGUAAAGUGUACAUGUCUGUUUAUAGAAGGUGGGACUGAGGAAUCUUCACUGGCAGUUACCUUCCCACCCCUACACGAGGCGACCUUAAAUGGACACGUUAACUGCCUAGAAAUACUAAUGCAGAUGGGCGCUGACCUAGAGAAAUCCAAGAAUCAAUUUGGAAUGGCUUUGCAUGUUGCUUGCCUUCAAGGUUACAUGGAAUGUGUGAGAAUUUUACUUCAUGCCGGGGCCAAUCCUAGUGCAAUCAAAAGACACCAAGCUCCUUUGCACACUGCAACUCUGUGCAGGUAUUAAGACUGUACCUCACUGUUUAUAGAUUGUGGAACAAAUGUUUACCAGAGAAACUGGCACAGUAAAAGACCUGCCGACUUAGCUGCUGAUACAGCAUGCAGAAAGAUACUUCAGGCUAAAGCUGGUACAUAAACGAAACUAAUAAAAAAAGCUUUCACCCUAGUUAAGCCAUAAGUCUGUUUUUUGUAUCUACAAAAAAUUCCAAGAGGGACCCUCUUGACAGCACUUACUGGGUUAUUUA